CUUUUUCAUUACAUGCCGCUCAGAGCAAGGCAACGGUUAGGAACCUGGUCGAUUUGCCCGUAGUAUUUCAUUCUCUCACCCGGUCGGUACACCAUGGGCGAAUUUUCCAACGGUUUGUUCGGUUGCUUCAACAAUUGCAGCCUCUGCAUCAUCACCUACUUCGUGCCUUGUCUAACCGCCGGCAAAAAUGCCGAAGCCGUCGGGGAAAGCUGUUGCGUCUACGGCUGCUUGUCAAUUCUUGGACCUGUGGGAAUGUGGUCAAGAUCGAAAAUCAGGGGCAAAAUCAGGGAGUCGAAAGGAAUCGAAGGUUCCUUCAUGAAUGACUGCCUCAUGCACUGGUUCUGUGCCAUCUGUGCCUUGAUACAAGAAGCUCAGGAGGUACAAGGAGUGCAGCAACAAGCCAUGGUCCGGGAAUAAUAUGCAAAUUUGUGACGUCUACAUCUGGUUCAGUUACUGCUGAAAAAACCCCAAGAAAACCUCCCAAAACAAACUAAAACAGUGAUUUCAUUGACCAGUGUGUUUUUUUUACCCGAGACAACUUCGAGAGUGCUAUUUAUAAACUAAUACGAAUUGUUCGUGAAGUCUACUUUUAAAACAUCAGGAUCUAUUUUUUUACUUCAAGUGUCUAAAUUUUGUUUUAGAAUCUCGUAUGCUAUUUAUUACAGUUAGCGUAAUUACUAUAGUCAUUAAGGGCUGUUCGGGAAAUCAUAAAAAUAAUUGCAGGUUAGAGAAAGAAACUAAUCAUUAAUACACUUUUAGGGGAAUGAGCCCCUGCUAGUAAUUUUUACAAUAUAAAUAAUGCUAAAGUAUUAAUUUUCUAUAAUUUAACUGCCACUCCUUAAAAUUACGACCGGAACACCCCUAAUGUCAGGCGCAUGUAUAGCGAAUGGUGGAUGUGGGUUUAGACGGGUGAGCGAAGGCUUUACGAGGGUCUGCUGGAAAACACAAUAAAACGAGUGGGCGGGAGGGUUCGACUCCCAAAACUCCCAUCUGCACACGUGCCUGAAUAUAAAUAUGUUGUCAAUUCCAAUUUGAAUUUUGAUGUCUAUAUGCUUCUUCUACCUUUUUAGCAAAUCAUACAUCGAUAUAUAUAUAUAUUUAAUGUUUGGUUAUAGAAACUUUCCCAUCUACAGAUGUUUAUAUAUUUAUAAAUUACAUAGUUUAUAAAUAUACCGGUACCUUUUUUAGCUCCUUUGUGUGUGUGUGUGUGUGUGUUUUUGUCACAAGCUUAAAAAUACCUUUCUUCUACGUGUACUAUAGUAUAAUAUGAUAUUUAUUCACCCAGUAAUUAUAUUUAUUAAUGUACUAGAUUAAUAAUUACAUUUCCCACCGACUGACGCAUUGCAUUUUCAUCGAAGAAAAAUAAAUAUAAGAAUUAGGCCCAUAUUUUGUCGAAAUCAAUGUUAUAGUUGAUAAGUAAAAAGUGAAUAAAGAAUAUCGUAUUAGAUAUCAUUUGUAAUAGUUUUUCACAACUUAGUGAAGACAGUGUUGUGAACUAUGUUUUGGUACGUAUGACAUUAAUAUUUGCAAUUCAUCCUCCAUUUAUGUAUCUGAUGCUAUUUUGAAGAAUGUAUAUGUUAUUGUAACAGUAAAAAUAAUAUAUAUUUGUAACAGUAAAAAUAAUAUAUAUCUGCAUAGUUGUGAUAUUUUUCAAUUAAUUAAUUAAUUAAUUCUUGACUGGAAAUGUAAUUCAGAUCUGAAAAUACAACUGAACUGUUAGAAUGGGUAAAUAAAUAAACAUUAAGAUUUAAAAAUAUAAUUUAACAUUAAAUACAACACAACUUUUGCAGCUGAUAAAUAAUUAAACAUUAAGAAUUUAAAAUACAGUUUAACAUUAAAUACAAUUAAAUUCAGGUAAAUAAUUUAACAAUGGGGAUCGGAUUUAGGAAUCCUGGUUUUUAUUUAUUUUAUUUAUUAUUAUUAUUUUUAAAAUAUUCAUUUUAUGUGUUUAAGCUUUGUAAGUAUACAUGGUUACACACGUUUAAGACAACAAUAGGCUUUUGUAAAUUCGGCCCAAAGAAUUUAAAAUACAUUUUAACAUUACAUACAAUUCAUCAACUCUUAACUGGUAAAUAAUUAAACAUUGAGAAUUUAAAAUAUAACUUAACAUUAAAUUACUGACCCUAGUUUUCAAAGAAGACAACGUUUUUGGUUUUUACAUAAACAAGUAUGACAAAAACACGUUGAAUUAGCCAGAAUGAUAAUUUAGACGAGACGAUAACGGUAAUGUGUUAUUUAUCAGUAAGAAAGGCUGCACACAUUUUACACUGACUAAAAACUAGGGUCAAUGCUUUUAAGAAUGGCAGAUACAAUAUAUUAAAAAUGUUCAUGGUAUUAUUGGAGAAAUCCGACUUUUACAUACAGUAUUUGUGUAUCUCAUUUCAGUCAGUACUAUAAGUCUGAUUUAUAUUUAUUAUACACACACGAAUAAAUUAACAUUUAUUUUCUUCA